GAUGCGAGAAAGCUAUAUAGAGAGAGAGAGAGAGAGACAGAGAAGUACCAACCUGAGCCGUACAGCAUAGCCAGGAUAAUGGAGGAAAUCCAGGCCGUGUCACUGUAACCCACGUGAAACUCUUUCAUCAGCUCCUUGAAGUAGACGCUGACGGCCUUGGGGAAGGCGUAGGAGAAGCCGGUGAUGACAAAGCAGCCGACGAGGAUCACCCACCCCCACCCUCCGUCGGGGGGCUUGACAGCCACAGCGCUCUCGUCGGGAGAAGACACCCCCAUCGUGAGGGGGUGGGGGGCUCUCAGUGUCUGAGACGGAGGGACACAAGUCAGCACACAGCAAAACCUCUGGUCGCUCAUCACCGGGAGGGCAGAAAGGGCUCAAGCGACCAGUUAUCAGGACCCGCUGAGUUACGCUCAGAUCACUGUAGAACAAAGAAUAGAAGAGAAAUCUGUCAGCAACAUGACAGCGAGUCCGAGAGGGAGAGUGGAGCCAGGGCUUGGAUUCUGGAGCUGUCCUAAAGUUACAUACAGUAAAGAGACCCGGGAUCUGAUAAAAGUGAUGAUGGAGGAAUCCCGAUUGAACAAUUUCCAGCAGCGACAGCUGAAAAAACAGAUGCAGGAGGGAGGUACCUUCCCAGUCAGAUGUGAUCCUGCCUCCAGCAACUGCCCGAAACCCCCUCCCUCACCCCCGAGCCCCUCCCUGGUGGUUGACCCCAUGUCCAGGCCACACAUGCGGAGCGAGCAAAGCUGCCGGGCCGGAGAUGCCUAUCACAGAGACAAGUACCACCCCCGGCCAGUCAGAGACCUGGAAAAGGAAAAGCAUCGACUCCAGAGCAUCAUGUUCAAAGGAAGGGACCAUCCCAAACCGGUGCCGGUCAAGGAGAAGGUCCAAGAGAAGGCAGAGCCGCCACCGGAAGUGGACCGCUUUGAGGAAUUGCUCACAGAGAUCGAAGACCGUAAAGAGUUCCUGGAGGAAAUGGAGACUCUGGGGCGAGGAAAGGACUAUCGAUCCAUCAUCCAAACGGAAAUCUCACAGAAAAUCCGAGAGAUGGAGCAGAUUGACAGAAAGAGGACCGCCGAGCUCCAGCAGGCGCUGGAACAGGAGGAAAAGAAGGCGUCUGAGAGAUCUCAGGUCCCAACCCAGAGCAGAUGCACCUAAAUAAAAUAAGAUAUAAUU